CUGUUCAGCGAGCUCACAAUUCUAGUACUCCUUUUUCUGGCUGUUAAACAUUUUGAUGUCCCAAGUCAAUGGCUUGCAACCGCGGCUAACCGGGGUAGUCUUUCGGCAAUUGCCGCAUCUUCUUUCACUACAGCCACCACCACUCCCUACUGCUACACACCAUAAUGGACAAGUCUUCUUGGUCAAUCAUACAAUGGCUUCCCAAUGAAGUACUUUCUGAAGUCCUUCGGUUCUGUGCGCCCAGGGAGCUUGCUAUUUUACUCAGGGUCGCAAAGCUGUUCAACGAAAUCGGACUGCCUUUGUUAUACCGCGAUCUUUACCUCGACAUAAGCCAGGCAAAAUUGGCUUCGGCGCUUUCUUUCAGGGUGUCUAUAGAACGGGAUCCAGCGAGGGCGCUCAUGAUCAAGGCUAUUCGGAUAAUAGCUUUGGAUUUGGCAAACAUCGAAGCCGUUGCCUCUAUUAUGGAGGGCAUCAAAAACUUCACCACCAUUGUCCCCGCCAUCGUUCAGCUGACAAACAUAGAAGUCUUCCGAAUCGUCUGCGAAUUCGACGAGGAAGGGUUGCUCGAUUUACUCGACGUGGCCUUUUUCCCUAAAAUGCACACCCUUACUCUUGCCUUCAGUGGCCUCCUCCACCCUUCUCAAAUAUCACCCUUCAUAAACAGGCACCCGACGCUUCGCAGCGUUUCACUUCAGUCCAAUUCAGUCUUCGGUGACAAUUUUUCCGUUUUCCUAUCAGCAUUCCCUCGCAUAGAAUUGCUGGAGCACAUGUCCGCUCCUUUCGAGUACUUCCUCGGCGACAUACCCAGUAAGAACUUGACUUCUGCCUCGAUCGAUUUCAGCGUAUAUGGAAGGCCGGAAAUCGGGAGGACCUUUGUCUCGCUUGCUAAUUCUGCUGCGAAGGAUAGUUGCAAGACACUCGUUUGCAUCACCCAAGGUCUGGCCCUCUUCCUCGUUUUGCAUCCUUUGAUGAAUUGGCCAAGUUCAAACAUCUCAAAAAGUUUACUCACAUCACAGUUGACAAGGACGACGAUGGAUUGCAGAAAGCAAUUGAUCGCGUCGACGACCAACUGUUUCAUGGAAUGUCUUCGACAUUGAGUCUGUUGAAACUAUACGGAACAACCUGGUCACGAACAAAUGAUGGCUGGAUCCGCACCAAAUCCUAGUCUACGUAAUACAGAAGAUCUUCGACCGUCCACGGAGACCCCUUAUGGCCUGCUUUUG